AUGGAGGCGAAGAUGAGCCCUGCUGCAACCUCUACACCAAGCAUCCAUGUAUGGCAUUCUCCAAUACCUUUCCUUUUCGGUGGUUUAGCUGUCAUGUUAACUCUCAUUGCUGCUGCUUUAAUCGUUCUAGCUUGCUCCCAUAGAAAGAAUUCUUCAAGACCUGCAGCAAGUUCGCUGGACUUGCCAGUUGAGGCUCAGCCAAAGAUUGUUGUUAUAUUGGCUGGAGAUGACCAGCCAACUUGCAUAGCAACACCACUCGCUUCUUCAACAACUUCUUGUCAACAUGUCUGA